UGGUGACCACAAUUAAAAUAAAAUCUUGAACUGAAAAGGUAGUUUUGAAUUAUUAUCUUAGCAUGUUUUCUGCAGUUUUGACUGUCAUGGCUCUCUCUCUCUCUAUAUAGAGAAGUCUGCAGGCUAAUCUUGGCCAGCAACUUAAUCAACAAUGGCAAUUGAAAACUAUUAUUUGUUAAGCCUCCUACUAGUUCUUAGUUGUACUAGUAGUGUAUUGGCUACUGCACCAAACUACGACACUGCUUUACUUAAUCGCAGCAGUUUUCCGGCAGGUUUCCUUUUUGGGACAGCAUCAGCGGCUUACCAGUAUGAAGGUGCAGCAAAUGAAGAUGGCAGAGGACCAAGCAUUUGGGAUACUUACACUCACAGAUAUCCAGGUAAGAUAAAGGACGGUAGCAAUGGGGAUGUGGCCAUUGAUGCAUAUCAUCGAUACAAGGAAGAUGUUGGGAUUAUGAAAGAGAUGGGUUUAGAUGCUUAUAGAUUUUCGAUCUCAUGGUCUAGAUUAUUGCCAAAAGGGAAGCUAGGGGGGGGUGUGAACAGUGAAGGAAUCAAAUAUUACAACAACCUCAUCAAUGAACUUGUGGCCAAAGGUGCAGGCAUUCAACCCUUUGUAACUCUCUUCCACUGGGAUCUUCCCCAAGCCUUGGAAGACGAAUACGGUGGCUUUCUUAGUCAUAAGAUUGUGGAUGAUUUUCGAGACUAUGCGGAGUUAUGUUAUAAAAAUUUUGGAGAUCGAGUGAAGCAUUGGAUCACAUUGAAUGAACCAUGGAGUUAUAGCAAUGGUGGUUAUACUGUUGGUCUGUUAGCACCAGGUAGAUGUUCAAGUUGGCAACAACUGAAUUGUACAGGAGGGGAUUCAGCAACGGAGCCAUAUAUUGUAGCGCACAACCAGCUUCUUGCUCAUGCGGCUGCAGUAAAAAUGUACAAAAUGAAAUAUCAGGCAAGUCAGAAAGGAAUGAUAGGAAUUACACUAGUCUCGCACUGGUUUGUGCCUUUCUCAAAUGCCAAGCAUAACAAGAAUGCUGCAAAACGAGCCCUCGAUUUCAUGUUCGGAUGGUUUAUGGACCCAUUGAUAUACGGUGACUAUCCACACGCGCUAAGAUCUCUUGUUGGGAAUCGAUUGCCCAAAUUUUCAGAGCAAGAAGCAAAAAUGGUGAAAGGGUCAAUUGAUUUUCUUGGAUUGAAUUAUUAUACAGCUAAUUAUGCAGCCUAUCUCCCUUAUUCUAAUGCUAUUCCAGCUAGCUAUUUGACGGAUGCUCGUGCUAAUCUUUCCACCCAACGUAAUGGAAUUCCUAUUGGGCCUAAGGCAGCUUCUGAUUGGCUCUACGUCUAUCCAAGAGGAUUUCGAGAUAUUUUACUCUACACAAAAAGGAAAUACAAUAAUCCACUUAUUUAUGUCACUGAAAAUGGUAUCGAUGAGUAUAAUAAUGCCACAUUAACUCUAGAGGAAGCACUCAUUGACAAUAUGAGGAUCGAUUACUACUAUCGCCAUCUUUCUUUCCUUGAAAAAGCAAUCAAGGAUGGUGUUAAUGUGAAAGGCUACUUUGCUUGGUCACUAUUAGAUAACUUUGAAUGGAGUUCAGGCUACACUGUGCGUUUUGGCAUCAAUUAUGUAGAUUAUAAAAAUGGAUUGAAAAGGUAUCCCAAACUUUCAGCUCGGUGGUUCAAGAAAUUCCUCAAGAAAUAAAUGUCUAUCCUCAUGAUCAUGCAUUAAGAUCGUAAUAUAGGAAUCUCUAUAUAUAAUUUUAUUUACCAAGAAUAAUUAUCCUUGUCAUUGCGUUUCAUGACAUAAUAAAUAACUAUGAUAUUUAUGGUAAUUUGUCUAUGUAUUUAACUUGAUAUUGCCUCUAUUAAAAUGGGGUAAAUCAAUUAAGCUUGUUAUAUAUUCUCUCA